CUGUCUCGCUUUUCCAAAGCUGUCAAAAACCUAAAGCAAGGAGAGAUUAUCACAUUCAUUCAAUAAUUUUUAAUUGAUGACACUUAAUUUAAUGUGUGUGUUUCUUUUAGAAUUAAUAAAAAUGUGCCUUAAUUGACCUGGACCUAGAAAAUACUAGAAACGAGCCAUAUUUUAUACAAACAGCUGGAAAGAUAUAGCAGCAGGAUCGUGAAAUCUGGAUUGUUCAGAACGGACACCGCAGAGUUACUAGCUCAAAAUGAACUACAACGCAGAGGCACCACAGCAGGACAGACCGUCAAAAAUAGUCAGGUUUGACAAGGGUUAUGUGCAAACUGUGCCUGGAAUACUUAAACUUGUUCAGUUGGCAUGCAAUUUCAUAGGUUUCAUAUGCAUCAAAAUAUCCUGGUCAUGGGUAUCAGCGAUUUUCUACAAUAUACUGUACUGGGUCGGUAUUAUAAUAACCGCUGGACUUCUCUUCAUGUACACGUUCCACUUUGUAGAGAAAUUCGACAGGUGGCCAUGGUAUAAGCUGGAGUUUGCUUAUUGCAUCCUCAUGAGUCUGACGUAUAUCGGAUGUUCGAUAUUCGCCUCAACUAUCGGUGAAAGUGUGGGAUAUGCUGUUGGGUUCUUCGGUCUAUGCGCGAUCAUAGCGUAUGGAUUUGAUGCAUACUUGAAGUACAAGGCGUGGAAGAGAGGGCUGCCGCCACAGUAAUAUGUAAGAUCUUUUACCAACAACUCCACUAACAUAUUGACCUGGUUCUUCUUACUUUGUAGUCUUAAAUAUUUAGGUACACUGGGUCAAAAAAUUUACUUUAAUGGUUGAGAGGUUUUUUAAGCUGCCAGUGCAAAAACCCAUUUCAGUCUUUGUUUAAGAUUAUUCUAGUUUUUCUCUUUAAGAUCAAAGUAUUGAUUGAGUAUUUCUAAGUAUCUCUUUUUGUAAACAAACCAACAUUUAUCAAAAUAUUUAAGAAAUAGUUAUGGUUUAAGGACCUAUCAUGGAUUAUGGAAAGUUUAUGUCGUUUUAAAGCAUGGUAAAGGAAGUUAUUCCUGAUGAGAGACUUGUAUAAAGAUCUCAAUAUAAUAUCCGUAAAACUUACAAGAUCCAUAGAGAAAUCUAUAGUUUCUUUGGAAGUUUUAUAUGGCUUGCUAUAGCUUUAUAUGUGCCUUCUCUGUGUGCCUAUAUUUAAAUAUCUGACCUAAAAUCGAAUGGAUUUAAAACAUAGUUACAUUAUAUUUCCGGAGAGUUAUAUACAACAUACUUAACGUAUUUUUAUAAAAUGUUUGUGAAUUUAUCACAUACUUACCUUUUGUACAUAAGAUAACCAAACGAUAUACUUACAAAAUAAUAUAUGCCAUGUAUAUUUUUAAAUGUUUUACUAAUACUAUAACAUAUAAAAGAUAUCCCACCAUAUUUUUUGGAUAGCUAUAAACCUAAUGUUACAAUGGGUCCAAUAUUUUUGGGCAUUUAAUUUUUAAAGACUUUUAUAUCUUCAAAAAAAAAUUGAGGUGUAUGCGUUUAAAAUGCAUUAAGAUAAGCUUAUUAUUAUAAUAAUCAUUGUUUAUGUAAGUGUAGAUUAAUCGAAGUCGCUUUUGUUAUGAUUUUAAGUAUUAUUUUGUGUAUUAAAUUUUAGUUUUAUAAGUUAAUCAAAGGACUUUGUACCUGUGUAACCAUAGUAAUAUUUGUUGACAGUUUUCCAGUUAAUCUUUCACUUAAACAAUGUUAAUGGCAACACUGUUUCACUGUUUAUGUGGCAACACAGUGAAACAGUGUUGCCACAUAAUCUUAUCGUUUAUUAAUAACCUGUGUUGAGCUAUUUAAGAUCUGCACUUGAAUUAGUUUUAACUUCCGUUUGAUUAUGUGGAUAGAUUGCCCUUUUUAUGUAUUUCACUAUAAUAUUAUCGUUGAUAUAAAUACUGCUUUAUGUGGCAUAUUGAAACUGGCUUAUCGCUUAUGAGUCAUCGUUGCAUUUUAGUAAUGGUUGUUAUAUGAAUAAAUGUGUAUUUCAAUUAAUAUAAUGAACUUUAAAAUAUUUUUAAAUAAGCAUAAGUUGUACGAACUUUUGGGAGUCUUACCCAGUUUUAGAUAUAGCCAUCAGUCUACGCACAAAUCGAUGUUUUUACUUAUUUUUUUUUAACAACUUUAAUAAUCGCCGAUGACGUUUAUCCUACUGAGCAGUUUGUACGCGUUUCUACCGCUACAAAAGCUGUGCUUUUAGAAAACGCGGUGUGUAACCUUGUGUGCCUUCAGUUUCGCCUGUUACUUCCAAAACAUAAAUAAUGUAGGUAUAUAACGCUAUUGCGAUAUCGAUGUUAAUCCUGUUUUUUUAGUGGCUCUUACACAAAAUUUUGGACGAAACUCGUUUCUUUUAUAUGUAUUUUAUGGACUUUUAUAUAUCUUUCUACAGUACAGUCUGAAAAGAUGUAAAUAAGCUUGUUACUGGCAUUUACGCCCUUUGCCUUGGCGUUAAUUAUUGUUGAUCGUGAACAUUGAGGUAUUCGAAUUACUGUUAACACAAUAAAACCACAAUUACUUUAUA